AUGUCAUUGAACCGGCUGUUUCAUUCUGCUUUCCCUUCCCUCAAAGUUGUUGUUGCUUCUUCCGAUGCUGCUGACAAUCUGCUUGAGAAGUCUGUUAUUUCUCCAGGGAAAGGAAUUGGUGAGGAACAUUGCUAUGAACAAGUGCAAGAUGAUAAUACUGAAGAAGAAGAAGAUAAGUGGCUUGAUUUGGAAUAUCAGAUUUUAGAAAAUGUCGUUCCUUUGGUUGAGUUUGUUAAAAUGAUUCUUCAUUCUGGACUAUAUGAAUAUGGCGAUAGACUGAAUCCAGAGCAUGAGAAAAUAAUUCUUGAGAAGCUGAUACCGUUUCACCCAGAUUCUGAUAAAAAGAUUGGAUGUGGAGUAGAUUAUAUAACGAUUGGAUGUCAUCCUGAUUUUAAUGAUUCUAGGUGCAUGUUCAUAGUGCGAAAAGAUGGCAAGAUGGUUGAUUUUUCAUAUUGGAAAUGCAUAAAGGGUUUGAUCAGGAAGAAGAACUAUCCAUAA